AUGGCUCAAGAAGAGAUGGAAGUUGAUCUCCAGCCAGUGGCUGGUUACUCUGUAGAGAGCCUCAGGACACUUCCCACAGAGCCCUCUGGUCACGCAGCGCUGUCAUCCCGUGCUGCAGCGCUUGGUGAAGGAGGAGGCAGCGUUACAGUUCUUCCUGCUGAUGAUGCUGUUGUCACACCAAACACUGGUACAACAAGGGAAACAGCUGCUGAGCCUGACCCACAGUUGAGUCCUGCCUCGGCUCUCGACGGACUGCAAAGGCUACAAGGGGCAUUUGAUCCGUAUCGGCCAUUGCCUGUGCCACAGGUCACGCAGCGUCCGCAAAUGAGGAGAGCUCGCAGGCAACAGAGAGUCGGUGGUUCCCAGAGGACAAUCAGUGCCAGGGCAGCACUGGACAGUUACUUUCAAGUCAGCAGGACCCAAGAGCCAGCUACAGGACCAGUUUCGCAUCGGGAGCCCUCACAUAUUGCGAGGGACAACCAGGAACACAGCUCAGAUGAAAUAAUAGAAGUGAGCGACUCUGAGAGCAGCACUUCUGCUGAGGAGGAGGAAGUGGUGGAGGCUGCAGCACCGCUGUUACCGUCAGCCCAGGAGACACCUCUGGCAGCUGGCUUAGGAGUUUCCAGUCCGGUCCGAGGGGAGCCACCUCAAGCUUUGUCUCAAGCUUCUGCAGAACAUGGAAAUCAUGAAGAUGAAGAGGCUGAAGUCCAGCAAAAGCAGAGAACUCCACUAAAGAAACUGGAACCAUCAGUUCCUGCUGCACCGCUGGAUGAGGAGGAAGGGGAUACCUGUGCCAUCUGCUUUGAGCAGUGGACCAAUGCUGGGGACCACCGUCUCUCAGCAUUGCGGUGUGGACACCUCUUUGGUUACACCUGCAUUGAAAGGUGGCUCAAGGGACAGGCAGGAAAGUGCCCCCAGUGCAAUAAGAAAGCGAAACGUUCUGACAUUGUGAUCCUGUAUGCUCGCACUUUGAAAGCGCUGGAUACCAGUGAACAGGAACGCAUGAAAAGCUCUUUAGAAAAGGAGCAGGUGUUGCGGAGACAGGCGGAGCUGGAAUCUGCACAGAGCCGUCUCCAGUUGCAGGUUUUGACAGACGAAUGCAGCAAACUCCGCAAGCAAGUUCAGGAGCUGAAGGCUCUGGUGGCCCAGCACAAUGUGAGUGCUUCUCAGCAACCUGGCAGCUCCCGCACCUGCCUCCCAGGCAGCCUCCCCUCCAGCCAAAGCCAGCGCAAGUACCACUUGGAAAAGGUUUUUGUGGUGUCUCAGACUGGGAACUGCAGAGUAAUGGCAUACUGUGACUCGCUGAGUUGUCUUGUGGUAUCACAGCCUUCUCCACAGUCUACUUUUAUUCCUGGUUGUGGUGUUAAGAUGAUGAGCGUGGCCAACCUGAAGAGCAGUCAGUACAUCCCUAUCCAUACUAAACAGAUUCGGGGACUGGCUUUCGGCAGUCGAGCAGACGGCUUGCUGCUCUCUGCUGCUCUGGACAACACUCUCAAACUUACCAGCUUGGCAACGAAUACUGUGGUGCAGACAUACAACGCUGGCCGUCCUGUCUGGAGCUGCUGCUGGUGUCUCGAUGAUACAAACUACAUCUAUGCUGGGUUGGUCAAUGGCUCUAUCAUGAUAUAUGAUUUGAGAGACACAAACUCUCAUGUCCAGGAACUAGUCCCUCAGAAGUCCAGGUGCCCCAUGGUAUCGCUGUCCUAUCUGCCCCGGAUGGCCUCAGUGUCGCUGCCUUGCGGUGGAAUAUUAGCUGGGACCUUGGAAGGAGCCUGCUUUUGGGAACAGAAAGCUGGCAACUCCUACCGGCCUCAUCACCUGCCGCUGGAACCUGGAGGAUGCAUUGAUAUUCAAACAGAGAUCAGCACACGGCACUGCCUCGCGACAUACAGGCCUAGUAAAAAUAACCCAUGUGUGCGUUGUGUCAUGAUGGAACUGACCUGCAGCCAACUGGCAGAGGCCUCUGAAGACGUGGUGUGUUCUUCUAACCUGGUUCAGACUUUCAGUGCUGGGCCCACCUGCAAGUUGCUGACUAAGAACGCCAUUUUUCAGAGCCCGGAGGAGGAUGGCAGCGUCUUUGUGUGUGCUGGUGAUGAGGCAUCGAAUUCUGCCCUGCUAUGGGAUGCUGGAAGUGGCUCCUUGCUGCAGAAGCUGCAGGCUGACCUGCCUGUGCUGGAUAUCUGCCCAUUGGAAGUGAACCAAACCCACCUCCUGGCUACUCUGACUGAGAAGAUGGUGAAGAUCUACAAGUGGCAGUGAGAGUGGUCCCUACGCCUGCCACAGAGGGGCUUUCCAAACAUGCUGCUGACUAACCCUACACAUCCGCGCAGUCCCAGACUGCUGUCCUGCACGUGCUGCUUACAGGAGACAGGAACCACUGCAGCACCUUUCUGGCAGUAGGCAGGAACUGGGAUGUGCUGGUGCCUGGAGCAAUUCCCUUCUUCCUCCAUCUUCCUUUUUAGGUCUGCCCUUAUUUCUUCUUUGGUCAAUUUUCUUCAGACAAACUGCAGGCUGCCUCAGCACAGCAAUAAUUCUUGGACUGUCUCCAGCGUGCAGUGCUGCCCUUUUUUCCAGUGUGAAUACAGCACAGGGACUUGCAAAUCUCUUCCUCUAAGAGGAAUGUGAAGACCUGAGACUCCUGCUGCACUUUCUUGUGGAGUCCUGCUGUGAUUACCUGGUGAUGGAAAGGAGGCAAUAUUGGCAUCUCGCUAGCAUUGCUGAUACUCAGUGUAAAAGCAAGUUUAGGGAACAUACUCCCAUGUUCUUUUGAAGGUCUAGGGUCAGUUGACAGUUAUUCCCUGAUGAGGACAGUUCCUGUUUUCUGGCCGUGGAGAGAACAGGCUUGGAAAAUCUACAGAGAACCUUUUUCUUUUGUGUUGUUUGUUUUUUUUUUUUUAACA